AUGCGAGCUGUGGAGUUGUAUACGGUUGACCUCGUUAUUGGUAUUUCACCAGAUGUUGAUCUCAAUGAUAUUCUCGGACUUGCUGUUAAGUACGAUGCUAAGGAAAGAGUUCGAGUGACAAAAGUAAAUCCUGGUAGCCUGGCAUCAAUUCAUCUUCGACCCGGUGAUAUCAUCCGGCGAAUGAAUCUGAUCAGUUUAUUGAAAAAUAGCAAUUUUUAUGAUAACAACGUUCCAUAUCAAAAAAUUGGUUUAAAGGCGCGGUUGUUAAUCGAAAGAGGUGCAGGUGAUGACACGCAAGUGGAAAUGCCAAAUGACGUUCAAGAAAUAGCUCAAAAACAGAUAAGUCUUUGGCGUAGUAAGAAGAUACCAUUGCCGAAGAAGAGUUCGUUAAGAAUUUCACAUAGUGACGUAAAAGGCGGUUCGAUCAAAAUCUCGCAAGAUGCAGUUGAAUGGUUCAUUGCAAGUGAUUAUGAUGUAACGGCACUUCGACAUGUCCGCAAAGAUGCUGAGUAA